GGCAGCGGCGGAGGCUGCGGCUGCAGAGGCCACUGGGGCGCCGACUGGGUGGCCGGCGACCCUCUCUGCCCUCGUGCAGCCUCUUCACACAGAUCCGCACUCCCUGAGCAGCGGGGACCUCGGUGCUCAGCCCGCCAGCGAGCUGCGGUGGGCACACCCUGGAGCUGCGGUGACAGCGGACAGGUUAGAGUGGGGGCAGGGGAGGGCGCGGGAACAGCCCAGGGCCAGAGAAGGAGUCCAAGCCGGACAAUCUCCAGCCAUGUCCGACGAGGCGUCGGCCACCACUUCCUACGAGAAGUUCCUAACCCCGGAGGAGCCCUUCCCGCUCCUGGGACCCCCUCGUGGCGUGGGCACCUGCCCCAGCGAGGAGCCAGGCUGCCUGGACAUCAGCGACUUUGGCUGCCAGCUGUCCUCCUGCCAUCGCACCGACCCGCUCCACCGCUUCCAUACCAACAGGUGGAACCUAACUUCGUGUGGAACAAGUGUUGCCAGCUCAGAAUGCAGUGAGGAGCUGUUUUCAUCAGUUUCUGUUGGAGAUCAAGAUGAUUGCUAUUCCCUGUUAGAUGAUCAAGACUUCACUUCUUUUGAUUUGUUCCCUGAGGGGAGUGUCUGCAGUGAUGUGUCUUCUUCUAUUAGUACUUACUGGGAUUGGUCAGAUAGUGAAUUUGAAUGGCAGUUACCAGGCAGUGACAUUGCCAGUGGAAGUGAUGUACUUUCUGAUGUCAUACCCAGUAUUCCAAGUUCACCUUGCCUGCUUCCUAAAAAGAAAAACAAGCACCAAAAUUUAGAUGAACUUCCUUGGAGUGCAAUGACAAAUGAUGAACAGGUGGAAUAUAUUGAGUAUCUGAGCCGAAAAGUCAGUACUGAGAUGGGCCUUCGCGAGCAACUUGAUAUUAUUAAAAUCAUUGAUCCUUCUGCUCAAAUCUCCCCUACAGACAGUGAGUUUAUCAUUGAACUUAACUGUCUCACAGAUGAAAAACUGAAGCAGGUCAGAAACUAUAUCAAGGAGCAUAGUCCUCGCCAGCGGCCUUCGAGAGAGGCCUGGAAGAGAAGCAAUUUUAGUUGUGCAAGCACUAGUGGAGUGAGCGGUGCCAGUGCCAGCAGCAGCAGUGCCAGCAUGGUCAGUUCUGCAAGCAGCAGUGGGUCCAGUGUUGGAAACUCUGCUUCAAACUCCAGUGCCAACAUGAGUCGAGCACACAGUGACAGCAACCUGUCUGCAAGUGCAGCAGAGCGGAUUCGGGAUUCAAAAAAACGAUCUAAGCAGCGGAAGUUACAGCAGAAGGCCUUUCGCAAGAGGCAGCUGAAGGAGCAGAGGCAGGCCCGGAAGGAGAGGCUUAGUGGGCUCUUCCUUAAUGAAGAAGUGCUGUCCUUGAAAGUGACUGAGGAAGACCAUGAAGCAGAUGUUGAUGUUUUGAUGUAAUAAGGAUGAAUUUAUCAGUGUUCUUUCUAAGCAUUAUUCUAUCCUUAUUGGUUUACAUGCA